UAUUUUGCGGGCAACUAGCUUUCCCAGCUGCUGUAAUUGCAGCUGCGGGAGAAAUUGGAGCUGCUGUCGUCGGCGCGCCCCCCCCUCCCCCACUGAGGAGAGCCACCGCCUCUUCUCUCGCUCUCCUCAUACACCUAUCGCCGGGAGCGGCGGCAGCAACAGUCCCUGAACCCACCGGCGCCUCCUCAGGCGGCCGCACUGCUGGUCAUUCCCUCAGUCCGGCAGCUGCCGGCGGCCCCCUGCCACUGUCCGGCUCCUCACUUCAGAUUGUCUGCUCCCUCCUCAUCCUCCCCCGGGACCCACCUCCCCACGGCCUCGCCGGGGUGGAGGACGACGAGGAGGAGACGAGAGUCACCCUCCCUCCAGGCGGCGCCGGCUCCCUCACCCGCGGGUGUGUCCUAUAAAUGGCGUCGGAAAGCGACACCGAGGAAUUCUUUGAUGCCCCUGAAGAUGUGCACCUAGGGGGCGGCUACCCUGUAGGGUCUCCAGGAAAGGUUGUGAUUUCAACAUUAAAGGAAGCAGAGAACUCUGCAUACAAAGUUGGAAAUGAGUCCCCUGUACAAGAAUUGAAGCAAGAUGUGUCUAAAAAGAUUAUUGAAAGUAUUAUUGAGGAGAGUCAGAAAGUACUACAGCUUGAAGAUGACUCUUUGGAUUCCAAAGGAAAAGGACAGUCUGAUCAGGCUACUGCCAGUCCUAUCAUGGCUGGAACAGAUCUUAGCAAUAUACCUGGAUUGUUAGCCGUAGAUCAAGUACUGCAGGAAGAUUCCCAAAAGGCAGAGAAUCAGGAUGUAUCUGAAGAAACUGAAUUAGAAUCAAAAAAAUGUUUUCCUUCUGAUGACACAUGUGACAAGCCAGUAGAUGAAACCACUAAGUUAACUGAAAUAAGUUCAACUGAACAACAGCUUAAUGUGCCUGAAACUGAAACAGAAGUGUUGAACAAGGAAGCAGUGGAAGUCAAAGAAAGUGAUGUUCUAGAACCUGCGUCCUCACACUCCUUAUCUACUAAAGAUUUUGCUGUUGUGGAAGAAGUUGCUCCUGCCAAACCACCAAGACAGCUUACUCCAGAACCUGAUAUAGUAGCUAGUACAAAGAAGCCUGUUCCAGCACGCCCACCUCCUCCAACUAAUUUCCCGCCUCCUAGACCCCCACCUCCAUCUCGACCUGCUCCACCACCAAGAAAAAAGAAAAGCGAAUUGGAGUUUGAGGCUCUUAAGACACCUGAUCUAGAUGUUCCCAAAGAGAAUAUUACAUCUGAUACUCUCCUAACUACAAACAUGGCUUCAGAGAGUACAGUCAAAGAUUCUCAGCCUUCUCUUGAUUUGGCAAGUGCUACCAGUGGAGAUAAAAUAGUUACUGCCCAGGAAAAUGGAAAAGCACCUGAUGGGCAGACAAUAGCAGGUGAAGUGAUGGGCCCUCAGAGACCUAGAUCCAACUCUGGGAGAGAGCUUACUGAUGAGGAAAUUUUAGCCAGUGUAAUGAUUAAGAAUCUGGAUACUGGAGAAGAAAUACCUUUGAGUCUUGCAGAAGAGAAACUGCCAACAGGUAUUAAUCCUCUCACUCUACACAUCAUGAGGAGGACUAAGGAAUAUGUAAGUAAUGACGCAGCACAGUCAGAUGAUGAAGAGAAGUUACAGUCUCAACAAACAGAUACUGAUGGUGGAAGGUUAAAACAGAAAACGACUCAACUAAAGAAGUUCCUAGGAAAAUCAGUAAAGAGAGCAAAGCACCUUGCUGAGGAAUACGGCGAACGUGCUGUAAAUAAAGUUAAAAGUGUUAGAGACGAAGUGUUUCAUACUGAUCAAGAUGAUCCUUCAUCAAGUGAUGAUGAAGGAAUGCCAUACACAAGACCAGUUAAAUUCAAAGCAGCACAUGGCUUCAAAGGACCUUAUGAUUUUGAUCAGAUCAAAGUGGUACAAGAUCUUAGUGGUGAACAUAUGGGAGCUGUUUGGACCAUGAAAUUUUCUCACUGUGGCAGAUUACUUGCCUCAGCUGGACAAGACAAUGUAGUAAGAAUAUGGGCUUUAAAAAAUGCUUUCGACUAUUUCAACAAUAUGCGGAUGAAAUACAAUACUGAAGGACGUGUGUCCCCAUCACCUUCUCAGGAAAGUCUAAAUUCAUCAAAAUCUGAUACAGAUACGGGGGUAUGCAGUGGAGCUGAUGAAGACCCAGAUGAUAAAAAUGCACCAUUUCGACAACGGCCGUUUUGCAAAUAUAAAGGACAUACUGCUGAUCUCCUUGAUCUUUCAUGGUCUAAAAACUACUUUCUGCUUUCUUCUUCAAUGGAUAAAACAGUCAGGUUAUGGCACAUUUCCAGAAGAGAAUGCCUUUGCUGUUUUCAGCAUAUAGAUUUUGUCACUGCCAUAGCUUUCCAUCCAAGAGAUGACAGGUAUUUUCUAAGUGGGUCAUUGGAUGGAAAGCUCCGCCUUUGGAACAUACCUGACAAAAAAGUGGCUUUGUGGAAUGAAGUAGAUGGUCAAACAAAAUUGAUCACAGCUGCAAAUUUCUGUCAGAAUGGCAAAUAUGCAGUGAUUGGGACAUAUGAUGGCAGGUGUAUUUUCUAUGAUACAGAGCAUUUGAAAUACCACACACAGAUACAUGUCCGAUCUACCAGAGGGCGCAACAAGGUUGGAAGAAAAAUUACUGGCAUUGAGCCUUUACCUGGAGAAAAUAAGAUACUGGUAACUUCAAAUGACUCCAGAAUCAGACUAUAUGAUCUUAGAGAUUUGUCACUGUCCAUGAAGUAUAAGGGUUAUGUGAACAGCAGCAGCCAGAUCAAAGCAAGUUUCAGCCAUGAUUUUAGUUACCUCGUUAGUGGCUCAGAAGAUAAGUAUGUUUAUAUCUGGAGUACUUACCAUGACUUAAGCAAGUUUACUUCAGUGAGGAGAGAUCGUAAUGACUUUUGGGAAGGUAUUAAAGCACAUAAUGCAGUUGUUACAUCAGCCAUCUUUGCUCCAAACCCAAGUUUGAUGUUGUCUUUGGAUGUGCAGUCUGAAAAAUCAGAAGGGAACGAAAAAGGUGAAGAUGCUGAAGUUUUGGAUAACAUGCCCUCUGGUAUUAUGAAGACAGAUAACACAGAAGUUCUUCUCUCUGCUGACUUCACUGGAGCAAUCAAAGUGUUUAUUAACAAAAGGAAAAAUGUAUCUUAAUUUGAAAUGACAUUUAAAAUAAACAUAUCAGUAAGUUUCUAUAUGUAUCAGAACUGAAAAAAAGUUAUAGUGUUUCAGGCCAACAUCCUUUUUUUAAUUUUUAUUGGAAGCUGUUCAAAUAUAAUAUAUUUUUUGA